CAAAACCCAGUUGCUUCUUGAAGUUCGCUGUUUUUGCUGUCUGUGUCUUAGCGAUUAUUUUGGAGGCAAAGCCAUGGCUCACGGUGGCUACGCCAAGCGGAGGGUGAGUCCGGCGGGAGGACGACGGCCCAAGUCGGCGUUGGGCCCAGAGAAGAAGCUCAAAACCGUCAACCUCAAAAAGCAGAUUCGCUCCAUCGAGCGCCUGCUCCGUAAGAAUCUAUCAGCUGAAAUGAAGGAAGCUCAGGAAAAGAAGUUAGAAGGACUCAAGAAACAGCAGGAGAUUCAGUUUCGUCUCGCUGUGGAGCGCAAGAUAUUUAUGCGCGACAGGAAGAUUAAGUUUUUCGAGAGAAGAAAAAUAGAGAGAAGAAUAAGACGUUUGGAGAAACUCCAACGUGCUUCUUUGUCUGGUCAGGCACAAGAUGCAGAGAGUUCUGUGCAACUUUCCAAAUUGAAAGAAGAUCUUGAAUAUGUUAGGUUCUUUCCCAAGACCGAGAAGUAUGUCCCUUUGUUUACUGGUGGUGAAGUUUCAGAUAUAGUUGAUAAGAGAAAUAAGUUGCGCGAGAAGAUUAAGGCCAAUUUAAUUGCUGCAGCAGCUAGUGGAAAGGAUGUUGAAGAAACAGGGAGCGAGGACGAUGGGCUUCUGGAUCUGAGUGAAGAUGAUUUCUUCCUAAAUGGGAGUUCAAGUGAUGAAGCAGAUGCAGACGAUGAAUGGACGGAUAAGAGUACAAGAGAACAGGCUUCCAGUGCUUCUGGAAAAGCAACUUCUGGCAUGUCCAGUGAUGAGAGAAAUCAGCGGCAGGUUUCUGCUAGAGCUUUGAUGCCUCCUCCCCGGCCAUCUAGCAAUUCUCGCACAAGUUCAGUUCGUGCUCAGUCAAGGUUUGGUCCUUCAUCAAGCAAAAAUUCCUCAAAAAAGAGUGCUGAAAUGUCUACAUCCAGCAAUACAUCAAAUAGCAGAAGUGGGACUUCCUUCAGUACAUCAACUAACAGAAGUGCAACUUCCUUCAAAGCUAGGGGAUCCUCAAAUUCAACGGCUGCUCAAAGUAGUAAUUUGAGCUCCAACUCUGAUGCUCAUAAACCCCGUAGAAAGAGGAGGCCAAAGAAGAAAAAGCAGCAGGGAUGAGUCGAAGAAGCGUGGUGCUGAUGCGAACUUGUUUUGAUGAUUUGAUCACUUUGAGUUGUUUAUGCGAAAUUCUUACAGCUCAGUCUUGACGCUGAAGUGCGUAAUUCCUUUUUCCAUGGGUAAAAUAGUUGGAAGCUUGUGCUUACUGCUCUCUGUAACAAUUGGUCUUACUCCAUGCCUAGUCACUCCGAGCUAGGCUUGAUUUAUCUCGAAAAUGUCUCUCUGCUGUAAUUUUACGAACUUCAGCCAGAUCUAGUGACAAUCCCUGGAUGGCAUAGACUUGUACUGAUUGAGAUCUUGGAUUGUGCCCUAGUUUGUUUACAUAGUUGUGUCUUUGCAAGGCAAUUUGUUUGGAUACAAAAAUGAAAAUAUACUGAAUUUCUUUCA